AUGAAGCUAAUUAGAGUUAUGGUUGAAGCAAGAUACAAAGACACACAGUCUGACAUCAAGGGCAUAAAAGAAUGCAUUGCAAAGUUAACUGGUACUACCCCUACACCUAUGUUUGAAAAAGACGAUGAAGAUGAUGCUGAAAAGAGGGAAAAGGAUUCCAUGAAAAACUUUGGCAAACCAACACCAAGGAAUCAGCCAAAACAAAAUUCAAAGCCUGCCAAGCAAACUUCUGAAAAAUCUCCUGGAAAAUCUGAUACUGGUAAGAAAAAGGGAAUUGAUGAUUCCGUUAACAAACAGACAGAUAAGGAGAUUGAACGAAAACAGAAGAGGAAACAUACAAAAGAGGAAGAUGAAGUGCUUAACAUUGGAACUUCAAAUAGUAGAAAAUCACAGAAAGAUAACGAAUCACCACCAGAAAAACCAACCACUGCUGCGAAACUCAAAACCACUGAUGAACCUAAGAAGUCAGAUUCUGAUAAACCUAAAACAAAACUCUCACUAGAAAAACCACCUGUCAAAAAGUAG